AUAAAUAAUUAUUAAAUGAAUUAGCCUAAAAAUACUAGAUUCAUAACAUUUACAAUACCUUAUGCAUAAAGUUAAGAUGCAUAAUUUCCACCAUCAAAUUUAUUAGAAAUAUCAUCAACUCCUUUGGGAUGGCAAAGCUGUAGGUUUUGUUAAUAUCCAUAAGAGUUAAUAUUGUAAUUCUAAUCUGCAAUAACAGUUCAAAAAAUGUAAAUACUAUCUCACGAAAAGAAAAUACCUUCUAAAAUAGAAGUUUUUAUAGGUCGAUUAUAAGGAAGAAUGGAUUUAGAAAAUGCAAGUUUUAAAAAGAUAGGUUAUUUUACAUUUCAUUCCAACGAACAAUCAAAUUGGUAAGCUAGAGAGCUCAAAACAGUAUCAAUAGAUGAAGCUAAUUGCAACUAUCUAAAACUAUUAGUGCAUCGUAAUCAUGAGAAUAAGUUUAAUCCAUUUAAUUAAGUUGGUAUAGUAGCAAUUAGAAUUUAUGGUGAAAAAGCAGAACUUCCCCCACCUAAGAAAACAAAUAAAGUUUAAGAUAAGGUUUUAGAUGAAUUAUAUAAUCCACAAUAAGAUAAAUUGAUUGACACUAAAUUAUUGGCACAUAUUAUAGCACUUGAACAUGUAAAUUAUUCCUUAAUAUGAGAGUCCAAAGAUUAUGCAAUCAAAUAGGAAAACUAUUAGGAAGCAAAAAAACUUAAAAAUAGAAUUACUUAACUUAGAUCUUUAGGAGUACAAUUAAGAGAUUUGGAAGAAAGAAAAAAAGAAGUUUUAUAAAAUGAAGAUUAUGAUUAAGCAGAAUCUAUCAAAGAUUAAAUACAAAAACUUAAAAUUGAAAAUGGACUUAUAGAUGAACAAGGGAAUGAAUAUAAACCAAAUAUUGACAAAAUUAGAUAAUCUGAAUUAGGAGAACAGACAGAUAAUUAUGAAGAUAGAAGAAAUUCUAAACCUUCAAUUAAAUAAAUAGAUAAUAAUAAAAUCAUUGAAGAUAGUUUUGAAAGAAUGCCUUAAGAAGAAUAAAAUUAUCUAAUUGAGUAAUUAAAUAAUAACAAUAAUAUUACUCAUAUUACAAAUAAUCAAAAUGAAAAUGCAAAUAUAAGUUAUUAAUAACCUACUUCUUUUGAAUAAUAACUUAAAAAUGAUAAAUUAUUAAAUUAUGAUGAGAUGGUUAUUCCAGCUUUAAAAAAUAAAUAGAACAAUAAUAAUUAAGUUUUGGAAGAAUAUUCUGAAGUAGAUAAAAGCAAACAAUAAAUUGAAGAGAUGAGUUCAGAAAAUUAAAAAUAAGUAGAGGCCAUUAAACCUUAUUAUGGAUUAGAAUUCUGUAAGAAUUACUUUUCCAAGAAUUGGGCGAGAAGAGAAGAAGGUAUUAGAUGGUUAAUUGAAUAAUUUAAUAAUCCAACUUAAAUAAAUCUUUCUAAUAUUGAUGGAGCAUUUUAAGCUACUUUAUUAUUAAUUUAUAAAGGCAUUUAAGAUAAAGCAGACAAAGUUGUUUAUGCAAGUCUUUAGUUGAUGUAGCAAACUUUAUUGAAAUUGAAACCAAAUAAAUUAAACGAUGAAAGUCCUAUUAUUUUAGAUAACAUUGUCUUAGUAAAUAUAUUUUUUUAUAAUUAGAUUUUGAUGGAGAAAAUGGGUGAUAUUAAUGAAAGACAUAAAGAAGAAUGCAAAAAAAUUUUAUUAACACUUGCUGAAACUUAGAUUAUGGGAAGUGCUGGAGUUAUUAAUCAUUUAGUCAAAGGAAUAACUACUAAACCGAAUUUAUAAUUAUCAUCAGUUAGACAUAUUUAAGCUAGAUUAAUGCUCAUAUAUAACUUAAUCUAAAAAUAUAAAAUCAAUAAUGAAAGGGUUCCUUAUAAUCCUGUUAUGGAUGUUGCAAUUAAAUAUUUAGAUCAUUCUGCUGAAUAAGUCAGAACAUGUGCUAUUUAUAUAAUUACUGAGGUUUAUAAAAAUUAGGGAGAUAAAGUUAGAGAAAGUUUAAAAGGUAUUAGACCUGCUCAAUAAUAAAUCUUAGAAGAAUUAUUUUAUAAAAUAGAUAAUGGAGGUAAUGUAUAAACAUCUUUUGAAUAAGAAAAAAAAUAAUAGCCAAAAAAGAAAUAACAUUAAAAUAAUCCUGAUUAAAUAUUUUAAUAAAUAACUUAAGCUUGUGAAUUUUGUGGUAUUGAAAAUAAGGAGUUUAUCUAAAGUUAAAAACUCGAUAUGCAUUUAUGGAAAGAAUGCGUUAUGUUAACAACUUGUUUAUCAUGUGCUUAAGUUGUAGAAGUCUCUCAAUUAACUAAUCAUCACUUUGAAGAAUGUGAAUUUGCUAAAAAUUAUAGAUAAUGUGAAACGUAAACUUUUAUUAUAUUUGAAUAAUAGAUGUGGAUGUGCAGUACUUGAAAAUCAAUUAGCUGAACAUUAGAAUAAAAAAAAUUGUAAUUCUUCUUAAGGAGAUACAUGCCCAUUAUGUUUUAAAGCUAUUGGUUUGAAUUGGAAAAUUCACUUAGCCAUUUGUGAACAAUAAGAAAGAAAUAAACAAUAGCCUGCUCCUUAAGAAAAAAAAUGA